UUUUUCUUCUGAACAAUCGUUCAAAACUCUUCAGGCACUUGCGACCUGUGAUCACCAGUGAUCUAACCUAUAACCGAUAUAGAUAUACCUAUAUUAAUUUCAUUCGAAUCAACUGUUCAUGCUUUUUAAUAGUAAAUUAUUUUAAUAUUUUUUAAGUUGCCAAUUUUUCAACUUUUUUCAACAAACUGUGUCCAAUAAAAACACGUGAUAUUAUGCUCUUCGACGAAUCCAGACGUCAACAUUUUACCAAUCAUAUAAAGUUCCAGAGCCUGACAAACCUACCAUGUGGGCUGGAGUCCAACAACAACAUAGCCACCGCGGGCGUGAGCAUGGACGAAGAGGACGGUAGUGCGGACGAUGACGAGCACAUACGAACCGGUCUGUCUUACGACGAAGACUACGAAGACAACGCCUUCUCGACGUCAUUCGCGGGCGCGUCCGAGGCGACCGCUGGCACAGCCCUCGUCAACGGCAUUCGAAAUGGAGGCGGUGGCAGCGGAAGCGGAACCGGAAUCGAAAAGUUCCGCAUCGAAUACCCGAAAAAGUUCCACAAUGCCCGCAGCAUGUCACUGUCCAUGGAACGGAACGCUUACUGCGAACUGUGCCGGUUUUCGCGCAGCCCCGUGCCGUUCGACCAGGGCGGAAGUGGCGGAGGCAGCGGCGGAGGCGGCGAACCGGACGAACGCGACAAGGGCGUCCGCCGGUACUUCGGGUUCACCAUCAAACAGUACAUGGCGCUCGGUUCGCUCGCGCUGGUCGACUUCCUCGGGUUCUGCUCCAUGUCAGUCAUGGCACCAACCUUUCCGAAAGAGGCUGAAAAGAAAGAUAUGACAGUUUCCGAAGCUGGUCUUGUUUUUAGUUUUUUUGCUUUGAUAAUGUUUUUGCUCUCUCCGGCAAUGGGAUCAAUAAUGCCAAUAUUCGGAACAAAAUGUUUGUUUAUAUCGGGAGUGUUUAUUUCCGGAAUAUGCAAUAUGCUGUUCGGGCUAUUGCCAAUGAUACAAGAUAACUUCCAAUUCAAAGUACUGUGCUUUGUAGUACGAGGUUUGGAAGCAAUCGGUGCCAGUGCAUUUUCUACUUCAAGUUUUGUUUAUGUCAUUCAAUUGUUUCCAGAAAACGUCAGUAGCGUUUUAGGUAUACUAGAAACAUUUGUCGGUUUAGGUAUGAGUGUCGGACCCGCAAUAGGAGGCUUGUUAUCCUCGGUCGGAGGUUAUGCAAUGCCGUUUUUCGUCGUCGGCCUCUUGAUGGUGGCUACGGUGCCACUGCACAUUUACCUUAUGCCUCCAAUCAGAGAUGAUGUAAAAGCAUCGCAAGCUGUUGGCAACCGAUCCAAAGGUUUAAUCAAAUUACUCAUAAUCCCGUCAGCUUUUGUUGUUGGCGCCGUCAUUACAGUCACAUCCAAUUUUUGGGCGUCACUUGAUCCAACACUCGAGCCACACUUAAGAGAGAUGGGCUUAUCAACUGACGAAGUGGGACUAGUAUUUCUGUUUUGUUCAAUACUGUAUGGAGUAUCAAGUCCAAUUUGGGGUUACAUUGCUGACAAGUAUGAUAACCAUUGGUCAAUGAUGUCCGUUGGAUUGUUUUUGUCAGCUAUCGGGCUAUUCAUCUUAGCUCCUCUUCCAUGGUUACCACUGAAUAAAGAUGUCUUAUGGUUGAACCUCGUUGGACUUGGAAUUUUGGGCGUGUCUGCGUCAUUAACGAUGAUGCCGGCAUUCAACUUCAUCUUAUCGAGUGCAAUAGAAAAUGGAUUUCAAGAAAGCGUUUCUACAUUUGGAACUGUCGCCGGGUUUUGGUCAUCAGCCUAUUCACUCGGUGAUAUGACCGGUCCAUCCUUGGGAGGCGUUCUCUUACAACAUUUCGGGUUUUCUAUAUGCAUGACCACAAUGGGUCUGUUUUGCUUAGUAGUGGGUGUAAUGUCGGUUGGGUUUUUUGGUCUUGCGAAAAAAAAAAAAAAACGUCCAAGAAGGAUGUCCGACAAAAGUCCAUUAAACGAUCCGAAAAUUAUACAUCCACGGUAUAAUUCACUGAACGACGAUCGUGGUGGAUCAUUGAUGAUUUCAAAAUUUUCAUCCAAAACCGAAACCACUGAAGUGUAA